CAAUGAUUUAGACACCAACAAAAGGGUUUCUAUAUUUAGAUGGAGAAAUUUGAUUAGACGAUUCCCCGUGAUCAUUUCCUUCCAACUUUUUUACGAAAAUGGCGAGCCGCAACACAAUCCAGAUAUACCUCACGACUGUCGUCGCAGUCGUGAUCCUCCUGGCAGCAAGCCAAGCCACGGAAGCGCGUUUCACGAGCCUAUGCGCUCAAACCGCAUACCCAGCAUUGUGUCGACCACUGGUGAAAGGGCCAAACCCGAGACGAGCCACACACAACACGAUUCGAGCCUUGGAGGCUAAGACGAAAUUGGCCAUUACAGCUUCUGCGAGAUUUAAAAUCGGAAAUCCAACUGUUGCAAUUUGCUAUGCGACUCUUGUGGAUGCAUCCUUCAAUCUUGAGAACGCAAGGAAGAGCAUAAGGAAAAGAAAUGUUCUGUCCCUAAAAAUGUAUUUGACCGCGGCUGUAUCAGAUUACGGUGUUUGUGUCAACGGGUUCAUAGAUUCACAUCAAGUCAACACCCUUCAGAACGCUGUAGAUGAGCUCAGGAAGAUGGGAACUAACUGCUUGUUGCUUGCUACAUUGAUAAGAUGAUCCAGCCAUCAUAGAAGAAAACACUCAAACUAAUUCCUCAACAACUGAUCAAAAGAAGCUUAUUCUUAAUUCUUAAUUUUGUAAAUGUUCCUUAUUUUAGUUUUCAGAUGAUGUUCUUGACCAAUAUCAAUCGGGUAAAUGUAACUAUAAUAGAAUUUUUAGCCAGUU